AUGGCGCCCUUUGCCACCAUUACCACAACACUCAACGCACCCGAGGAUGUUCGAUUGAGUGACGAGUUGACGCCAACCACGCCGAAGCCUCGCCCCGUGGAGCAGACGCCGCAGCUAUUCUCGCCUCAAGUGUCAUCGCCGAAGACACCCACGAGACAUGACUUUGGUGUUAUCGUUGGUCAACAGCCACUUCCAGAUGGUCCGUUGACUCCGGCAGCGCCGCAGGAUGCACUGAAGGAGCCAGAGUCGUUGAAACGGGAUGCAUCGCAUAGAACGACCAAGUCCGCCGAGGGAGAAGAUGUUGAAAUGGGUGAAGGAGACGAGGAAGGCGAUGAGGAUGACUCGGACAAUGAUAGCACUACGAGCGAGUCACGGCCAUCAAAGAAGAAGAAAGGACAACGAUUCUUCUGUACAGAGUUCCCUCCCUGUCAGCUGAGCUUUACACGAAGCGAGCAUCUGGCACGACACAUUCGCAAGCACACUGGAGAACGACCUUUCCAAUGCCAUUGCUCACGCAGGUUCUCACGACUCGAUAACCUCAGACAACAUGCGCAGACUGUACAUGUGAACGAAGAGAUCCCAGGUGACUCGCUUGCGGCAACCAGCACAAGAUUUCAACGCCAGAUCAGGACCGACAGAGUACGGCCCCCCAAUAAUCGGUCGCGAGCAUCGACUAAUGGUAGUCAGGGCGGCCAUAGUCGAGGUCACAGUCGUAACUUGUCGGCGUCAAGUGUUGGUUCCACGACCUCUAGCAUGUUCAUGCCAGAGGAGACAAGGCGAAGACCACAACCUCUGGCUAUGGCAAACGAUCCGUCCGCAAGAGCUCGUCCUACCUUGGACACAUACGGCGCGCUUGCUAGUAGUCCUGGCCAACAGUAUGCUUACUACAACAAAUCGCCAAGUGGUUAUAGUACACCAACGUCCAUGACUUUUUCCAACGGUCCAGGCAGUCCACACUUUGGUUCGCCGCCUUCCUCGAUCUCACGAUCGAGCUUUUAUAACGGUGCACGACACGGUCCUUCCCAGCGCAGGCUGUCAGUACCGGGUGGCGCUCCACUGUAUCAGAACAUGAGCGGCGUGUCGUAUCCUGCAUACUUCAGUCCCAUCCCGUCAGGAACUGCUUCGACGUUCUCGCAAAGUGGCAGCAUGUUUGGAAGCCCUACGAGCUCGAUCUUUUCGCAUAGCAGGCGCGACUCUGAGACCGAGCUUGAGUACCGAAGAAGGACGUGGCACCCGGGAACUUACUCGAGCUACGCUCAGCGCCCAGCCACAAGCGGUCUGUCAUAUCACCAGACGCCUGACGAUCAAGCACCUGCAGCAUCGAGUCAACCUGCGGCAAGCCAAGUGACACGACUACCGGGCAUCGAGAGCUUCGACCACGUACCACUCACCGCUGCUCGCCAACAGUCUAGCCCGACGAUGGUUGAUGUCAGACCGAGCAGUUCGCACAGAGCCUCCGACGCUGGCCUGCACCAGAAUCUGACUCGACUGGAUAUUACGACCGCUAACGCACCAGUCGAUGGUCAGUGGCAGGCCGCGCAGCAGAUGCAGACGCAGCCAGGAUACUUUCCACAACAGCCUCCACCUCAAGGCACUGUUGCUCCGCAAUUUAUCCACCACCAGCAUUCGUCGUCCAUGCCUGAGCCGCUAACGCCACGCCGAGCCAAGCGGCACGGCUGGUACGGCGGACCAGUGCAAGCACAACAACAAGUGGUGCACAUGACCCACCGCCCGUCGCCAGAGGACUCCGGCAGCAGUGACGGCGUACCAACGCCUUCCACCUCGCAGGGCACUGAGUACCAUCCCGUAAUCAUAGGCCCCAAUGGCGUGCCUGAGCCGUACGUUCAAGGCGGCAUGGUGGUGACAGACGAGCGAAAGUCAUAUGCCCAACAGCCUCCUCCUCCUCAGCCACCUCAUACCUACGCCUUGCAGGCUGGUCACGACCCGCGAUACGUCGCCAAUUACGGCCAAGCGCAAAACAACGAUAUGGGACGUCUUGAGGCGCUUGUCGCUGUCGCCACUAGUGAGGGAGCGGCGGUCGAGCAUCGCUGA